AUGAAGACAGAUUACUAUGAACUUUUGGGAGUAUCCGAGUCUGCCACUUCUGUUGAACUGAAAAAGGCUUACAGAAAGAAGGCAUUACUUCUCCAUCCAGAUAAAAAUCCAGACGACAUUGAACACACUACCAGAUUGUUCAAUGAAGUGAGAGUGGCAUAUGAAACCCUAUCUGACCCACAGGAAAGAUCAUGGUAUGACUCCCAUAAGUUCCAGAUCUUAAUGGAAGAUGGUGAUGAGCAAAGCAGUUCAGCUUGCUAUUAUGAAGACGAAACCAACAUGUAUUAUGCGGGGACAACUGUUGAAGACAUCGAAAAAUAUAUGAAUAGCAAUUUAUAUAAAAAUUUUGAUGAUUCGAUUAAUGGGUUCUAUAGCAUAGUCAGCGUACUGUUUGAUAAGAUUGCUUCAGAAGAAGUGACUGCAGGUAAACAACAGAAGAUUCCAGAAUUUGCAAAGUAUAAAGAUGAUACUUCUUUUGCGACGGUUUGUGACCCAAAGGAGCUACUUUACCCCAGGAUAGGCAAUUCAAAAAACGACUUUGAAGAUACUAGAAUGUUUUAUAAAGUUUGGUCCGGUUUUCAGAGUGUGAAAACAUUUGCUUGGUGUGAUGAGUACAGAUAUUCGACUGCACCAGACAGAAGGACAAGAAGAAUCAUGGAAAAAGAAAACAAGAAAUUAAGAGACACUGCCAAAAAGAAUUAUAACGAUGCUGUGAAGAAAUUUGUUGCAUAUAUCAAAAAACUCGAUCCGAGAAUGGAUCCCAAAUUUAGGAGACAAUAUGAAAGGCAGAAACUUUCUAAGCAAAGAGAAGAACUCAAGAAACAGGCGGAAAUUGAAAAGCAGGAAAGGCAAAGACAGAGACAACUUUUCGAGGAGCAAGAUUGGCAGGCCAUCGAUCCAGAUGAUUUAGCAGAAAUUGAGGCUCAGCUUGACAAAAUCUAUUCAGAGGAGAAAGAUAUUGACGAUGCAUCUGCAGAUGAGGCAAAUGCUGACAUUUUUGAGUGUGUUAUCUGUAACAAGGUCUUCAAGAGUGAAAAACAAUUUGAAGAUCAUGAAAGAUCUAAAAAGCACCUAAAGUUACUGAAGCAACUGAAAUGGGAAAUGAAAAAAGAAGGAAUUGAGCUUGGAAUAGAUGAAGAUGGCUACAUCAAUGAAGGUCUGGAUGAUGAGGAUUUAGGCGCCAGUGAUGAGUUUGAUGAUGCCUUGGAGACUCUAAGUGAUUUAGAUGAGUUAACCAAUGAAGAACUCGAAGCGAUGAUUCAGAGUCAAUUGGAAGAACAACAAGUUCAAGAAGCCCUGUUUGGUGAGGAAACACUUGAGGAAAAUGCUGUUUGUGAUGAAGCGAAACAUAAAGACAAUGAAUCACAAAACAUAGUAUGUGAGUCCGAGGAAGAAAUCGACUAUUUGCUGAAUGAUGAUCUUUAUGAUUCGAACCACAACGAAGAACGUAGAUCUCAGAAAGAGCUACGAAGAAAUAAGACUGAAAGGAAAUUAGAAGAGUUAUCUAACCUUCUGAAUGGUGCAGUUCUAUCUGAUGAUGAUGAGGAAGCAUGGUGUAAUCAAAAAGUGAAAGCAAAGAAGGGAAAGACAAAACCUAAGAUUAACAACACCCGGAAUAAGGCCACUACAAAUACGGAAGCUUGUUCAGUUUGUAAGGAAACGUUUUCUUCUCGUAAUAAGCUGUUUCAACAUGUCAAUAGCACAGGCCACGCUGCCCCUAUUUCUAAAGUGAAAAAAAAUAAACGAAGUAAAAAAUGA